CUUCGAUUUGCCGUUUAAGCUGGUGAGGAACGGACAGCUACAAAACAAAACACAAAAAUUUGUCUUUGCUAUAAUCUUAAAAGGAACAAUGAAGCAGAGGAUUUCCUUCAUGGUCCUCUGUUUUGUCCUCAUAAGCUUUGGUGUUGCUUCAGUUUCAGCACAAGUAUGUAUGGACAAUGGGUAUUUCACACCCAACGGAACUUACGACGCAAACCGCCGUCUCAUCCUCUCUUCUCUUCACUCCAAAGUCACGGCUCAAAACGACUUCUUCUACAAGGGUUCUGUCGGGCAAGAACCGAACCGUGUCUACGCUAUAGCGAUGUGCAUCCCAGGAUCAACUUCAGAGGACUGUUCUGCUUGUAUCAAGGGUGCAUCUGGUGAAUUUGCACGCUGUCCUAACGAAACAAACGCGUAUACAUGGCCAGGUGAGCUCACGCUUUGCUACGUGCGCUACUCCAACACAUCUUUCUCUGGAUAUGCAGAUCUGGAGCCGCGUGUACAGUUCACCAACUCUAGAGAUCUAACCUCAAAUAAAACAGAGUUCAAAGAAAUAUGGGAAGAGUUAGUUCUUCGUAUGGCUGCUGCAGCCUCCAAAGCGAAAAGCUCACCCUCGUCUAGUGCUAACCAUUACGCAGCUGAUACAGCAGCCUUGACACGUUUCGAGGAUAUAUAUGCAUUGAUGCAAUGCACGCCGGAUCUUUCUACUCCCGACUGUGAAACUUGUCUUCGAGAAAGCGCAAGUGCCUACCAGUCAUGCUGUGGUCAGAAGCGAGGAGGCGUUAUUAUGCGGCCAAGCUGCUUUUUCCGUUGGGAUUUGUAUACAUACUCCAAGGCUUUUAAUCUUACGGUGGCUUCUCCUCCUCCUCCUCCUGCAGCCGACCGGGAAAACACGACUGACAAUGAAGAAGAUAGCAAAGGAAUCUCAGCUGCAAUUGUCGCCGAGAUUACCGUUCCAACUCUUGUUACCAUCUUGAUACUGCUUGUUCUUGCUUUUGUUCUAUACCGGAGGAGAAAACCAUACCAAAGAACUGAUGCUGGAUCUGUUACUGAUAUUUCAAGUGAAAGUUCAACUCAAUACGAUUUUAAGACAAUUGAAGCUGCGACAAACAAGUUUUCAAUGAGUAAUAAGCUCGGUGAAGGUGGAUUCGGCGAGGUUUACAAGGGUAAGUUUGCAAAUGGAACUGAAGUAGCUGUGAAGCGACUGUCAAAAAAUUCAGGACAAGGCACAAGAGAGUUCAGGAACGAGGCUGUUCUUGUGUCAAAACUCCAACAUAGGAACCUGGUUAGGCUUCUUGGAUUCUGUGUGGAAGGAGAGGAAAAGAUUCUCAUCUAUGAGUUUGUUCCCAACAAGAGCCUUGACUAUUUCCUGUUCGACCCUGAAAAGCAAGGUCAGCUAGAGUGGACUCAGAGGUACAACAUUAUUGGAGGAAUCACUCGAGGGAUUUUAUAUCUUCAUCAAGAUUCACAACUCACAAUCAUACACCGUGAUCUCAAAGCAAGUAACAUCCUCUUAGACGCUGCUAUGAACCCUAAAAUUGCAGAUUUUGGAUUGUCGACGAUCGUUGGAAUGGAGCAAACUCGAGGCAAUACCAACAGAAUUGUUGGAACCUACGGUUACAUGUCUCCAGAGUACGCAAUGCAUGGUCAAUACUCGAUGAAAUCUGACAUUUACAGCUUUGGAGUCUUGGUUCUCGAGAUUAUAAGCGGCAAGAAAAACAGUGGCCUCUACCAGAUGGAUGAAACUAGUACUUGUGGAAACUUGGUCUCCAACGCUUGGAGGCUUUGGAGAAACGGGACGCCAUUAGAGCUGGUGGAUCCUGCCACUGGAAGGAAUUAUCAGAGUGAUGAAGUCACUAGAUGCAUCCAUAUAGCACUCUUAUGUGUUCAAGAAAAUCCAGAAGACCGUCCAAUGUUAUCAACCAUCGUACUGAUGCUCACUAGUAACACAAUCACUCUACCAUUGCCUCGCUUACCCAAGUUUUAUCCACAAAGCUGGCGCAAACUGAACCAUGUCUUUCAAGGAUCAGAAUCUAUAGGAAGACCCGUUUGUUGUUCUGUUAACGAUGUGUCCAUCACUGAUUUGGAGCCUCGCUGAAGAUUGAAAGUAUUCUCUGUGUGCAGAUUUGAGUGAUGCUUGUACCUUGAGCAUUUCAUGUGGGUUUCUGCUUCUAUUAAAGAAAAUAAUUUUAAAAUAUACUUGUGUUGACCCACUUGAUGAUGAUACUGGGCUUUUUUUUUUUUUUUUUUUACAACUUCUUGAAAACCCAUCUCUACAAACUCUAACCGGAAAUCGAUCUCUAAUCAAACUUGUCGGAUUUCACCUCCGCCGUCAUUCUCAGAUUUUCGAAGAAGGAGACAAAAGACGACGAACCAGAUCGAAGCAAUUUGCAUCUGCCGAUGUGUUGAGCCAUUUUAUUGAUUCGCCAUUUUCGUAUUCCGAAGUUCAUUACAACCUUUUCAUCUGAUCCUUUUUACUUGAAUCGUGUUCUUUCAAGUUGAACAGGUGAAUCUUGCAAAGCCUUGGUGAUGAUAAAGACUUUUGUUUCUCCUUCUACUGGAUUUGGAUCUCAGAAACUCGAUUUUGACAGAUCUUGUAUGAAACUGAAGCCGAGAACAGUAAGCAUGGAGCUCACAAUCACUCAACCUGAUGACUGGCAUCUUCAUCUCCGUGAUGGUGAUCUUCUUCAUGCUGUUGUUCCCCACAGUGCGAGUAACUUUAGGAGAGCGAUUGUGAUGCCGAAUCUGAAGCCGCCUGUUACAACCACUUCAGCUGCUAUUACUUACCGAGAAUCUAUCAUGAAAGCUUUGCCACAUGGGAGUAGCUUUGAUCCACUAAUGACACUUUAUUUGACAGACAAAACCCAUCCUGAUGAGAUCAAGCUUGCCCGGGAAAGUGGUGUGGUUUAUGCGGUGAAGCUGUACCCUGCCGGAGCAACAACCAACUCUCAAGAUGGUGUCACAGACCUCUUUGGAAAAUGCUUACCUGUACUUGAAGAGAUGGUCAAACAAAACAUGCCUUUGCUGGUUCAUGGAGAGGUCACAGAUCCGAGUAUUGAUGUCUUUGACCGCGAGAAAAUCUUCAUUGAGACGGUUCUGCAGCCUCUAAUCCAACGCCUUCCACAGCUGAAAGUAGUGAUGGAACACAUCACUACCAUGGAUGCUGUGAACUUUGUUGAAUCUUGCAAAGAAGGGAAUGUGGGUGCAACAGUGACACCACAACAUCUCCUUCUCAACAGGAACGCUCUUUUCCAAGGUGGAUUACAACCGCACAACUACUGCCUUCCCGUUCUCAAAAGAGAGAUACACCGAGAAGCCAUUGUCAAAGCUGUAACUAGUGGAAGCAAGAAGUUCUUCCUCGGCACAGAUAGUGCUCCACAUGAACGGAGAAGAAAAGAAACAUCCUGCGGAUGUGCUGGUAUUUACAGUGCUCCCAUUGCAUUGUCUUUAUACGCCAAGGUCUUUGAUGAGGCUGGUGCGCUUGACAAGUUGGAAGCUUUCACAAGCUUCAAUGGACCUGAUUUCUAUGGCCUCCCGAGAAACUCGUCAAAGGUCACACUGAAGAAAGUUCCUUUGAAGGUUCCAGAGGCUUUCUCCUUCUCCUUUGGAGAGAUCAUUCCAAUGUUUGCUGGAGAAACCCUUCAAUGGCAACCGUUCUUCGAAUAAUUUAGUUGUUUGGAGUUUUCAAACAAUUUCAUCCCAAAAUCAGAGUAUCUGUUGUAUCUUUUGGAUUGGAUUUUCUUUUACGGCUGAGUUAUGCUCUGCAAUUUUUUUUGAGAAAUAAAAACAAGAUACUGAUCAAGAAUGUUAUCUUUUUUUCUUUAUUCUCCAUUGAAUCUACUAAUUGACAGUACAAUCCUCAAUCAGAGUGUGCUUGAUGCCUACUCUCUCCGACGAAGAUGUCCCAUUCUCGUAAACGCUUGGCAGAGUUGCUGUUUGGUCAACUCUAAAUGGACUCAUUGGCCAAGGAAGUAUAGGCUUUCCGGCGUACAGUUCACCUAUGACGCAGCCUGUGCUCCACAAGUCGAUACCAACACCGUAAUGAGAAGCUCCAAGCAAAAGCUCAGGAGGUCGAUACCACAGAGUCACAACAUUGGUUGUCAAGGGAACACUGUUGUGAGGAUCGAAGAAGGUCGAUAACCCAAAAUCCGCAAUCUUGAGGACUCCAUCACCGUUUAUGAGAAGGUUCGAGCUUUUUAUAUCCCGAUGAAGUACAUGAUUUGUGUGACAAUGAUCAAGCCCUCUCAAGAGCUGCGUUAUGUAGCAUUUAACCUGAUAGAGAAGAAGAGAGAUGUGAUUGAUGGCUGGGAAGCUUUUUGAGUCCAAGUGAUAAAACAGUACCUGAGGUUCUGAGAAUUCAACACCGAGUAAUGAAGAGAGUCCCAAGAGGUCAUGUUCCAUGUACUCAAAGAUCAUGUAGAGGAUAGAGGAAUCGUGGUCCACGAGCAUUAGCCCUUCUAGUUUAAUGACGUUGGGAUGAUCAAGCUUGCGCAGGAUUAUGAUCUCUCUGGCUAUACUCUUGGUGCUUUCUGAGUCGCUUAGAUCAAACCGGAUUCGCUUUAAAGCUACGGUCUUGUUACAGAGAAGGUCUCUAGCUUUGAACACCUUACUGAAUGUUCCUCCACCAAUCUGUUGCUUCUCGAAUUGAGAUUGACGGCGAGGAAUCCAACCGACAAGGGCUUCACCGGCGACGGAGAUAAGCCACGGUGGCCAACCGGAGGAAGCUAGUUCCGAUGAGCGAGGGUGAGAAUUAACAAGAACGCUUUCUUCUCUCUUGAGCUCCCUGGGACCUAAUUUAUCACUCAUAUCCAACAACUCUGCGACCUUUCGGGCUUGACCAUCAUCAGCUAUUCUUGUUUCCGAUGGAGGCAUGUGGAAGCGAGGACGGUACUCCGGCGACUCUUUUUUCGCCGGUUUCUUUUUCCGAGAAGAAAUGAUGCAACCCAUAUUGACAAAAGCUUGAAACACACGGCAGUGAAUGUGUUACAAAGUGGAUACAUUGUGAAUAUGAUGUUGAAGAGAGAGAAUAUAGAAAUUGCAAUGAAGAAACGCAAACUAAAAGAGGAAAUGUCUGAAAUCUGUACAGAACCAAAUUCGCCGGAAAGCGACAGGACUCAAAUCUAACUUUGGUGUGGC